UGGUGUAGGGUUUGCGCGGCAUUUCGUGGCCAAGCAAAGAAAGUUUUAAAUCUUUUGAAAAGUUAUUGAAUCACAUUUUGACGUAAAAUAUCGAUAUGGACCGCCUUCUAGAUGAUCAGGAGGAUAAUAGUAAUGAGGAAGGAGAAACAAUGACGGCAUCUGAGGUCUUACAGAAGUUGGAAGAGGCAUGGAAAAACGAGCAGUUCUCACCAGAGCUGUUAGAAAUAAAAGUGGACAUUGUUGAAUGCAUUGCCGAACAGAUACGAGUCAUGGAAGAUAAUAUACAACGUGCUAAAAAGAACGACUUUAAAGUUACCAUUCACAACAUGGAGAUCAACCGGAUACGUUUCAUGUUGAGCAGUUAUUUGCGAGAAAGAUUAAAAAAGAUCGAGGAAAAUACAUCAUAUAUUUUAGUAUCAGAAGCCCAGCGUCGUGACGAUGAACCACCGCAUUUAUCCCCUGAAGAAUACCAAUACGCAAAAGAGUUUCUUCAAUCAAUGGAUGGCCAUUACAAAUCUUUGGUGCUUAGGCAUUUACCACUUAACCUACAAUCCUUGGAAUCAAGACAAGCAAUGGUCCCACCUAACCUUGAGAGCUAUGUCUUCUUGAAAGUCAACGAAAAGAGCGAAGGAGUCCUGAUAGAAGAAGAAACAGCAGAAUCUAGGGAGGAGAUCAUUGAUAUGACAAAAGAUGACCAGCACAUUAUGAGAUACAAGCCAGUGUCGACCUUGGUGUCAUCUGGUGCAGUUUCCCUCAUUUAGAGCGAUGGACAUGACUUCAUGAGCAUUGAGCAAUUUUUGGAUAAGAUAAAUCUAAACAUUUCAUUUGGAGGGAAGUGAAGCUGCAGCUUGCUCAAGGAUCAAUGUAUUUACCACUGAGAAUCGUAUGACUUUAUCUGUAAUUUCAAUGUUCAGUUGAGCUAGUCUAAUAGCUAUUGAAACUGGCGUCUGUAUCAGUCAGUCAGAAGGUCCAUCUGUCGAACUAUGCCUGACGUUUCAUAAUAGUUAUAGGCAGUCUUGAAACUUGGUGUGAAGGUGAACUCUGCUUGAACGAUCAGAACUAAAAAAAGGUCACGAUCAGUCUUUCUUUAUGUUCACCAGGUGGCGUUGACCACAACAGCCUAUCUUUUUAAAUCAAUUCCUAUGUGUUUCAGAAAUUUUAAAAUAUGCCGUUCAUCUGACUGUCAGUGUAUGCUGUAGCGUGUACAUUGAUAAAUUGAUAAAUUGCUCAAUACACGCCACAGCAUACAGCGACAGUCAGAUGAUCAGCAUAAUUUAAAAAUUUUCUGAAACUUUUCCAAUUUUCAGUGAUAAGGUAUACAUUAAAGAUUAUUGCUGUGUGCCAUGAUAAAAUAUAGUUUUCUCACUAUGCAAAACAGUUGGAGUUUUGAUAAUUUUUUUGCGAUGACUUUGUAAUCUUGUUGCAAAUGAGGUGAUCAAGAUCGCCAAAUGUACACUGCAGUACCUUCCAUUCUUUUACCUGUGUUUUCAGUCGAUUGGGAGGCUGUUGAGCUCUUAUUUCGGCCUGUGGUUGAAUGGCAUCAGACUUCCAUUUGGCUUUGUGCAAAAGCAUGUUUCCUAACCAUCAUUAAUUCUUAACUCUUUCAGUGCCAAUGAUCGUACUUUUACGCCCUAAAUUUUUAAGGUAUUUUAGUUCCUCCAGACAACACCAGAUGUCCCCAGCUACUCAAAUGUGUUUUAUAUGGUUUCUUUGGCCUGGGGGGUCCAAAUUGGAUAAUAUUUUCGAUUGUGAGGGUGGGAUGGGGUCUGCCACCCCUUGUUUUCGGGGAAAAAUGUUGAGAAUCAGCCAAAAAUACCACUCCCUUAAAGGAUUUCGAAAUUAAUCCCAAUAAGCCCCUACUUAUUUCUGCCGUUUUAUUGAAACUAGGGGUGAAGACGAAGGUUUUGAAGAAUUUUGAUGACUGUAUUGCAAUUGUUUUUGUUAGAUUUUGGGUGGUGAAAAUACCCUAAAAUGCCGAAAUCCUGGGCACGGAAAGAGUGAAAGGGGUACGCAAUUUAUAAUCAUUUGUGGUCCAGUUAAAUAUAAAACCACUAAUACACAAUGUUGUAGUGCAGUUAUUGUGAAUACAAAUUUGUUUAAAUCGGUAUUCAUACU